CGUGGCGAGUGUGCCAUUUCUGUGCACUUCUCCAAGCGACAAUAAGUGCGUACCGAUUUCUGCGUGACAAGUCUGUGGAUUCUGGACAACCAAACAGCAAAGUGUGGCUUAACAAUAUCGUAUUAUGUUUUGAUUAUAGAAAUACUUGGUGAGGAAGCAAUGAUUUAGGCUAAUGUGUAUUAGGCCUAUUACAUUUUAACUAAGAAGUUAUUCUAUUUGCUCUGGCUGGUGACUUGGCGUGAAGAAGUGACGUCUCUUUGGGGGAAACAAGACCAUUUGCGCAAAAGCUGGUGGGACGCACGGCUGUGCGUUUUCUCCUGACACCUGUUUUGGUGCAUGGAGUCCGAGUGAGGAUAUUGCCAUUUGUAUGCGCUAAACCAUGGCGGAGGGGUAACUUCCUCUUUUUAACGACUUCCAUCAAGAGUGAUUGAAUGGACGCACCACGCAUCAUGGAAAGUGUCUCGAACGACCAAGACUUUUGGUCCCUCAACGAAACAUGGAGAAACUCGUCUCUCAGCAACGCGACGGAGGCUGGGAACAACACUGUGAACCCGUUGAAGAGGAAUGAAGAGGUGGCCAAGGUGGAAGUUACCGUACUCGCCUUGGUGUUGUUCCUGGCUCUGGCGGGUAACCUGUGCGUCUUGGUGGCUAUCCACACGACCAAACACGCACAGUCACGAAUGUAUUACUUUAUGAAGCAUCUCAGUAUCGCGGAUCUUGUGGUGGCAAUAUUUCAGGUCUUGCCACAACUUAUUUGGGACAUAACUUUUCGCUUUUAUGGACCAGAUAUUCUCUGCAGAUUGGUCAAGUAUCUGCAAGUGGUUGGGAUGUUCGCGUCCACCUAUAUGCUUGUGUUGAUGUCAAUUGACAGGUGUUUGGCUAUCUGUCAGCCUCUCCGUUCUUUACACAAAAGAAAGGACCGACUUUAUGUGGUCUCCUCCUGGGUGAUGAGUCUAUUGUUCAGUAUUCCUCAAGUGUACAUUUUCUCCCUGAGAGAAGUUGGAAACGGCGUGUAUGACUGUUGGGGUGACUUUGUGCAGCCGUGGGGCGCGAAGGCUUACAUCACUUGGAUUAGCCUAACCAUCUAUAUAAUACCUGUGGCGAUACUGAGCAUAUGCUAUGGACUCAUAAGCUUUAAAAUAUGGCAGAAUUUUAAAUUGAAAACCAAGAAAGACCAGUGCAUCACCCUCACCCCGAAGUCGUCCAAAGGCAACGCGCUCGCCAGAGUCAGCAGCGUCAAGCUUAUCUCAAAGGCAAAGAUCACCACAGUGAAAAUGACAUUUGUCAUCGUCGUGGCGUACAUCGUUUGCUGGACGCCGUUUUUCUUCGUGCAGAUGUGGUCUGCGUGGGAUCCAGCGGCGCCGAGAGAGGCGAUGCCGUUCAUCAUCUCUAUGCUGCUGGCGAGCCUCAACAGCUGUUGUAACCCGUGGAUCUACAUGUUCUUCGCGGGCCACCUGUUCCACGACCUGCGCCAGUCGCUGCUGUGCUGCUCCGCGCACUACAUCAAGACCUCCCGGGGGUGCCGCUGCGAGCGGGACCAGGACUCCAGCCGCAAGAGCAACUCCUCCACGUAUGUCAUCAAAAGCACCAGCAGCCAGCGGAGCAUCACUCAGACCUCCACCACAUAGUGUUGUACUGUACACACUUCAUACACGCCUGUGACGAAGCUCAUACUCGCCUAAUACGACCCCAUCACUCUGUCACUCCAUCCACCACACCUCUACCACACUGUGUAAAUGGUAAAUGUACUGCAUUUCUGUCAGGUUCAUUACAGUCAAGAAACACAAGACAAGAAAUUGUGAAUACAGUUUCUAUAUUGAAUAGUUAUGAAUUAGAUUUGGCGGUAUGGGUAUGUUCAGAGAAGUCCCCUGGAUUUCCAUGAGCACCCUCUGAAUUGUUGGCCAGCCUCAAGAAAAACCCGUCAGCAUCGGCCCCUGAGGACUGUCUGCCCACCAGCACAUGCCCUGUAUGCCAGAUUACCAGUCCAGAUCUGUCCACAAAAUAGUGUGCAUCUGUACAGACACUUAUGUAAACUCAUGCAUACCUGUUGGGCUCCAUUAUUCAUACAGUACCUUCGCCAUGAAGAGAACAUUUGACUGGGCCUAGGACAAAAUCCCUGACUGGGCCUAGGACCCCCCUCUAUCCCUGGGCCUGGGACAACUGACCUGUUUGACCCCCCUGAUGGCUCUCCUGCACACCUGGCCCAAUGUCCUCCCUCAGAUCUUCACUACAUAGUUCACACCUGUACAAACACAUACACACCUGUCUGUCUUAUUUUCACCGCAAUAAGACAGGCUUGUAAUGUGAAUAAUAAGUGAGUGAUCGGCAUAGAAAUUAGCAGUAUCAAAUUAGCACCCCUUAACCUGCCUAUUCAGAACAUUUUGGGGGGGAACACAGUGGUCCUCUGUCUGAAAAAAGUUGGCGAAACACUGCUCUACCACAUGAACAAAAUCGCCCACUCCAAACACUUACCCUCCAUCAAUCCCUCCCACUGUCCUCUCAAACGUGGCCCCCAUUACAACUAAAUGUUGUGGGGAGACACUCACAACUCUAUUUCCGUCAAAAAAAGGCAUUUUCACACAGGACCACUGCCUCCUGCCCCCAGGCUUUACUGGUGUCAAAACUAUUUUACCAAGGUCACCUCAAGAAGAUGGCUAUAAAUUGGAGUGAUAAACGGGGGAUAUUUAUCGGUGUGAAAAUGCUUUUACUGCAGAUGAGCAGUGCCCCGAGCAUCCCCAUCUCCCCACACCUAUGUGACGUCCCCCUAACACACUAUACUAUAUAUAAUCUGUCUGUUUCAUCUGCUCUGUGUGAACUCACCUGUGACAUCCCCCAUCCUCUACACCUGGUCUGACAGCAAGGCUAGCAAGUACGUAUGGUACAAUGUGACUGUGUACUGUUCUUUUAUUUGAGGACAGGAGAGGUAGUGGCAAAGGGGCCUAUUAAAUAUUGAUUAAGACAUACAGUACAGGAAGUCUUUUAGAGGGGUGACCCCAGCCACUCCAUUCAUGAUUGGAUCAGUCGACCUUUGACCCUCCUAAAUUGCUUUGCGGGUCGGCUGUGGGGUGGCCUCUGUUGCCACCACACUGCCCUUGCACAAGAGGGACACAAUUCCUCUCUGAAAGGCCAUUAGAGUAUUAUAGCAAGAGAGAACAGUCCAGUCCAGAGAAGAUGAGUCUGUAGUGAAGAGAAGGAGAAGUUUGUCUCACUUGGCCUCGAACUCUGCUCUCCGGAGUGCCAAAGUUGCACUUUUUUGACUGUGACAGUAAAGACAGGCAAGCAGAAGCAGGCUCAUUGGCAUUGGCAGUCAGAACACAGCCACACUCCAUUGCAGAGACAAAACUACGUACUCAUGUACUCUCUCUCUCACGUGUGCCAGCCUCAUGACGUCCCUGUUGGUUGACUGUUUGACCCCACGCCGUGUGACAUUGAUGUGACAUUGCCACUUUCUUUUCCUGCAUCGUCAUUGGAAUCAUAUUUAGUAAAUCAGAUCUUUCUUUUUUUUACAAGAUGGACGGAAUGUGACAAGUCUUCUCACUAAUUCUUGUUUUCUUUUUUGCAGAGAGCAAAGGAAAGAAUUUGUCACUUUCUUUUUCCAUGAAAUAAAUUUAGGACCUGAUGACGGAACGUGUAGAGAAGAGUCUGUGUAAUAUAUUUGUUUUUCUUUUUCCUGUUAAAGUCUUUACAUUAGACAUGUUAUCACUAAGCUGAAUAAAAUAUGAGUGUGUGUGUACUCCUUGUGAGAUUUGCUGUAAGCACACAAAAGAUCUAUAUAUAUAUAUAUAAAAAAACAUGUUUACAUUUCACUGAAAAAACACAGCAUCACGUUGUUUUUCUAUUUUCUUUUUAAAUGAUUUUCAAAUUUUCAAUCUAUGUUAAUAAUAUUAUGUUAAUGCUGUGUAGAAGACUAUCAUGAGACUCAUGACUUGCCUUAACACCAACUUGAAACUUUUGGCCACAUAAUAUGAUAAUGGAACACAGUAUUAUCAAUGUUUUUGGGAUUCUAAGAUACUAUGUUACUUGCACCACUUUGUUCCAAGAAAUAAAGCAAAAACAAGGUCUCAAGCUACUGAAUUUCUACGCUGAGAGCAUUAUGGCCGUUUUCAAUUUCUAUAAUAUUAUUCAAAUCGAAGAUAUAAUGUAGGUCUUAUUUAUUGAAAAAAAAAAAAGAUUUUAUGUGCUCUUUCAGUUAAAGUCUAUGGAUUGGAUGGCUACUUUUUUCAAAAGUGUAUUAAAGAUGAAU